AUUAAACUCAAUCUAAUUGGUAAAUACAGUGCAAUUGCUGACCAAUUAAGUGAUUGAAUUAGUGACCAAUUAAGAGAUGCCUAAACCCAGGAGUGAAUUUCGCAAAUAUAUCGCCGAUACGGGAGGGGAGCGGAGGUGUAGGUUAUGUGACGCUAAGCUAAGCCUUAAUAUUAGCAGAAAUAAAAUACAUUUCCUGAAGAGAUGCGAGGCUUUCACCCAAGAGAUGAGAGAUCAGUGCACAGACAAAGACUUGGAUGUGACCGACACUCCGGACGAGUCUAACGCGUCCAAUGAAUUGAACGCAUUCCUCGACAUCAAAGGAAAUAUAGGGAUAAGUGGUUCGACCCCUUCCUCGGCAGCCAUGGAACAGGUAUUACAUAUGGAACCAAAUGUUGCAAAUUAUGGCAAUUAUUCCGGUUAUCAGAAC